AUUCAUGGGGAACCUCAGCAACAAUGAUGCCUCAAUAAUGAUGGAAGGACUAAACCAGGAGGAUGCUGGUUCCUAUCUGUGUCGUGUGGAGCUCAAUAUUGGCAGUUUUCAAAUGCAGUCUCCAACAAAGCUGGAGAUUGAAGAGGUUUCUGCUAUUGAUUGGUCAAUGACAGUUGCGAACGAAGUGAGGGCUGUGGAAGGAAGAACCGUUGUCUUACCCUGCAGCUUCACCCACCCUGAUACUAAUCUCCCACUCACUGGCUCCAUCAUAUGGAUUAAAUCUGACACAGGUGUCAUCUUUAACUGUACGUAUCCUGGUCCAGACCAUUCCCAGGGUGAGCUGUGUGAGAAUGUGAUACAGCGGGACGGUGGGAAUCGAUUCAGAUUUGUGGGGAACCUCAGCAACAACGAUGUCUCAUUAAUGAUGGAGGGACUGAGCCUGGAGGAUGAUGGCUUCUAUCGGUGUUGUGUGGAAUUCAAUAUUGGCAGUUUCGAAACGCUGUUGGGGACAGAUCUGGAAGUGAUAGCUGCUCAGGGAAAUGUCUCAGUGGUGAGUGGGACAGAGGGAGAUUUAGUCACCUUACCCUGUAUCUUUGAGACCAUGGAGGUCCUUAACCUGACCACUGUUACCUGGAUGAGGAAGGAGCCCUACCAACACAUCGUUACAUUUACAGCCCAAUCACAGGGAACUUGGACAACUGGACACGGUGGAAAUCGGUACGAGCUCAUCGGGAACCCAGAGGAGGGAAACGCCUCGACCAGGAUAAACCAGCUGAGUGUGAGGGACAAUCACACUUACCUGUGUCUGGUGGAAUACACAUCACUACCACUGGAUAUUCAGUGUCUGAUCCAGAAAGAGAGUCGGGUGCAGGUCAUAACUGUGAAGAAGACUGAGCCCACCACUGUAUAUCCGCUGGCAAUGCCAUUGCUAAUCAUCCUCCUUAUCAUCAUCAAUGUCAUCAUCUGCAUCACCUUCAGGAAGACAGGAGGGUUUUCACGACAAAUUGAGCUGACCACAUUUUCAAGAAGGAAUGAUCCAGAUUUGUCCAGCGUUCUUUAGACUGCUCAGGCUUAACAGUCGUCUAGUCCAGAUGUUCUCCAGUCAUUGACUUGCUGAAAGAUCUGAGAUAAGACUCCUAGUCUGAAAUGUAAAAAGUCUCCAAAGGUCUACAGAAGCUGUUUGCAUUGACCAGUGACUGUGGAGUUCAAGCAAUAUUUGCAGAUCCAUGUGCCUGUAAUAUAACCAAUUAUUCAAAAUUUUUGAGAAGGCAUUUAUUGUUAAAAUGGUCAUUAAGCUACAAAAUUACAAUUCUUUAUAUUUUAUGUUUUAACUUUUCCCUUACAAUCAUGUGAUGAGUCUGUGUGUCUGUGUGUGAUGUCUGAUUGGAUGUUUAGGAUCAAAGAGGUUUGGGCUCACAUGGUGCAUAUUAA